AUGAAUACCAACUAUACGCCACAGAUCCCUACCAAUGAUUCCCGCUGGUCGUUCGAAGAAUACCUCCUCUCCCGCUUUGAGGUGUGCUAUCCGGAGAGGAAGUUACUAUGCAUUUUAUGCAAAAAAGUUACUACAACAUCGUAUCGGAUAGAAGAAGAGACUAUAGACUGCCAUGGAGUAUGCCUCUCUUUGGCAUUCUUCCAUUACUUUAUGGAGGAUUAUGACGUGGCCGCGAUGGCCAAAAAAAGUAGAGUCAGCGGAAUGCUCCACCUAUUGAAGCUGUGCGAGCUGACCCUACAGUUCCUCAAAAUGCCAGAACGCAGUCAUAGGUGUAUAUUCUGCGGUGGAAGAGGAGCUUUCUUCAAAUGCGCAUCGGAAAAUUGUGGGCAUUAUUACCACCUAAGCUGCAAUACCAAUGGGAUGGUAGUUGUAGAAAGCGAAAACGAUGACACAAAAAUAACCAACUACAGGUUCAUGCUUUGCCAAACACACAUGAACAACACAGAUGUUGAACAGACCAAGCAAUUGUUUAAGUCCAAAAUGGCACUACUAACUGAAAACGAAACGGUGAAAAGGCCAAUAGGUAUGUCGAUGAAGAUGCCGCCCUCGUCUGAUGCCAUGACACCUCUAUCAUCAUCUUCAUCGUCAAUCGCCGAUACUCCAAAACAUGCCACGAGGGGUCAAUGGAAUUCAAAACUACUAAGAGGAGAUCGCAAACAAAUGACCUCUAGGGGGCUAGCUGGUGGGAUCAGGAAACUGGACGAGUACCUACUACCAACAAACUCUCUUAGAUCAACUCGAAUUGGUAGGCCUGCCGCACCUAAAGACAAAGGUAUCGCAAGAGAUUAUAUAUCUGCCUUAUUACAUGAAUAUGGAAUGUUGAGGAGAUAUGGAUAUCAAAGAAAUGCAAAAGUGUUUGAAUGGCGGCCUUAUGAGGUGUUAUUCACAAAAUUUGGAGUAGACCUAUUCAGCGAUAAUUCCCCGACACAAGAAGAACUUGAGGAAUUAUACAAAGAUCUGAGAAGUGUUUUAGUGUUUGACAACUCUGUCGACUCUGCUGCUGAUCUCAACAGGCUUGCAUUGGAGUGUGAGCCUUCUAUAAUGAAUAUAUCCAAUUCAAUGGUAUUACAGUUAAAGCAGGGGAUACAAACAGCAGAACUAUCUGGGAAUCAAAACGAUGAGCAUGUACCAGCAACAUACGCUAUAACACAACCAAAUGUAUAUGGAACAGAAUUUGAUGUACAUAACACAUCAGCAACUACAGAGUACGAAAAAGAAUCGUACGGGAAAGUAAACCUUGCAAGUCAAGCAAGCACAGAAUGUGAAUCGCAACGUGACAUCUACGAAAUUGUUGGAUACAAAACACAUAGACCUGUAUUUAUUCUAGCAAAAUUCGAAAACAGAGCGGCAUGGUUCUCAGUUAUAUAUCUAAAGUCAAAGAAACAUGGUGGAGUGAAACAAAUGAUUUUAGAUUAUAUUAACAUCGGAAUGCUUGAAUACGAAUAUCUAAAAAGAGUUAUGCGAUCAACAUAUGCUCUACCUAGUCAAUCGAGGGUUGUACCUAUAUUUUCGCAACCUGAAGAAACGGAAAUAGAUGAGCCAGCGCCCGAAGCUGACAAGGUAAACCUUGGUGGAUUCUGCUGGGAUGUUGAACCCACAGCAGAAGGAUAUCUUAAAAACAGAUUAGUCACGCCUUUGAAACAUUACCACGAAGCAGUUUCGGCCAACGAUAAAAUGUCACUUGGGGCGAUGAUAAAGGUUGAAGAUGUUGAGGCGAAUAUGCUCUACAAUCCAGUGGCACAACCGAAAAAAAUGACAUUCGUAUCAAAGCAAGCUAACGUACUAGUAGGUAUGCUUAGGGCGGUAAAUAAGGCGAUCGAAGAACAAAAACAGGUGCUGAAGGAGAGAUUGGCACUGGAAAAUGACUAUGGUAAUAGGAUGCAUGAGGAUGUGCUGCUAGUGGAACAGUACAAGAAACUGACCGGACAAAUGAACAGAUGGUCACAUUUCCGCCAAACUGUGAUUAAUGCUGUGAAUUUGUUCAAUAAGUUGUUACUUUACGAGGCCGGUAAAGAGCAAGAUGAUGCUAAAACGGGUGAAUCAGUGGCAGAAACCGUCAAGGAGACAGCCGAUAAGGAGUUUUGUUCGGUAUGUCUAAUGUCAGAGCCUGCGCAUAAACAAGUGAUGCAUCAGUGCAAUCGUUGUUAUAUUAGAGUCCAUUACAAGUGCUACGUCACCUACAAACAGGCGACUAGUGAGCAGGUAGCGGUGGAUCUGAAAGUUGACGGAACCAGCACCGAAUGGUACUGCGAUCCUUGUGAAUAUGAAAUUCUCAUGAACGCUAAUAGCAGGAUAAUAAUGUACAACAACGCCAUAUGUUGUGCCUGUUUUAGCAGUGGAGGGGCACUGAAACGUGUUUUGGAAUCUCCAAGCAAGAAACAAAUCCCACUAAUGCCUGUAAAGUGGAUACACGUACACUGUGCAGCAUUACUCAUGCCUACAAUCUCGUGUCAAGACGUAUUUGGGCUAACUAAAUGGGAAUUGAGAAAUCUGCAAUUCAACGGCGCAGAUCGAUGUGUCAUUUGUAUGGUCACCGGUGGUGCCACGGUGGAAUGUGCGGAACCAAAUUGCCAGGCGAAAUUUCAUACGACCUGUGCGUGGGUUGGCGGCGCGUACGUCGUUGAAUCGCCAUUUCACAACACAACGGAACUGCCUGCAAUGGGAAAAAGUGUGUUAGCACACAACGAACUAUUCCCUUCACUGGCGUUUCGUAUGUUCUGUCUUAGACACACGGCGUCGCGCUUUUCAGAAAAGGCUGUUACGAUACUUAUGAGGAGGCGUUGCUUCGCAUAUACUCACUAUUUGCAUUGCCCAUGGUACCCCACUCGAGAUGCCCACGAUAGCAGGUCUGUAGUCCUGCCGCUGAGACCCUGCACUAGCCAUAUCGAGGUCACCAGAAAUGGAACCAUCCAGGGUCUGUUAGGUGACAUGGGAAGGCGGAAAGAAGGGGUGGAUGUGCUGACGGAUCAUAUGUCUUUUGAGAAGCACGCAAAGCAAAAGAGAAUGCCUAUGUUGAAGCCAAACCCGGAUCUCAUGUCAAGCCAUCCUCCAGGUAUGAUGAUGAAUCAGCAAUUCCCUGGAAUGCCAAUGAUGAACCCUGCGCAUGGAGGUAUUGUGCACUAUCCUCAUGGUAUGGUGAUCAACGGAACGCAACCUAUGAUCAUAAAUGGGCAACCUAUGUUGCCAGCCCCGGGUCAUCCCCUCAUGGUUGCUCCUGGGCGGCCUAUGAUCAUAGCUGGUGGGCCUCCUAUGCUAGUCAGCGCACACCCCCGUGGCCUGGUUAACGUGAGACGUCAUAUAGUACCGAGUGGUAUGCCUAAGCCUGUGAUGGCACCUAUAAUGUACGGUGCGCAGCCACAAUUUAUGGUGGAGCAGCCUCAAUUCGGUGUUGCAACUAUGACGUCGCACAUUCCAGGAAACGGAUUCCUGCAGUCAGUGGGUCAACCGAGAAUGAAUUCGAUUAAGAUGCCUGCUCAGCCCACUAUGAUGCCAUACGUCCAGCCCAUGAAUGUGAUGCCUAUGAGUGGGCCGGUGAUGCCUGUGGCACAGCAACCGCAAUUUCAUCAAGGAUACCCUCAACCUGUACAAAUGGUUCCAAAGUACUGGAACAAUAAGAGCAAUCUAAUGCAGUACAAGGGCAAACCGCCGUGCCCGGACAACCCCUAUGUAGGUGCCGGAAACAUGGGUUACAUGGAACAAUGA